CUGCAAACGCAAAGGAUAUCAUACAGGGACUUUCUUCUGUCAGCGGUCACACUACAUUGGGCUUUUGUGCAUCUGUUGCAGUGUUUUACCCAAGAGGAAUGUACUGGGGGGAAAACAGGGAAUUGUGAGUUUCUGGCCGGGAGGGAACAGGUUGCAUCGUGCAAUUCCCGGGUUUGGAAGUGGAAACACUGAGGGGUAGAUGCAUGAAGCAGUGAAGAGAGUGAAGAAGUGAGCCUGUUGCCUGAGGAUUUCCGCCCGUGCCGGGGGCCGCGGGGGCCAUGACCUAGCUCUGUGCAGGGGCCACAGCGGAGAUGAGUUUCCACAAGGAGGACGGGGUCAGCCUGUGCCAGAAGGCGCUGCAAAUCGUGUCUGAGCUCUGCCUGGGGGGGCAGGUGGAAUGGGACAAGUGCACCGGGAUCUUUCCCAGGAGCAACCAGGGAGCGGGGAGCACAGACAUAUCGGUAAGCCUCCUCGCUGUCGUGGUCAGUUUCUGCGGGUUGGCCCUUCUGAUCGUCUCUCUCUUUGUCUUCUGGAAGCUUUGCUGGCCGUGUUGGCGCAGUAAGCCCAUCACCGCUACAGCGCAUGUGGUCGCCCCGUGCAUUCCUAGCGCCCCUCCUGAAGUCGUGGAAACCAACGAGAAAAAAGAAAUUAAACAAAACGGGAAACACUCGGUGAAGGUGCAGGAAGCGGCCAUGAAAAUCAGCCACACAUCACCGGAUAUCCCUGCCGAGGUCCAGAACGCAUUGAAGGAACAUUUAAUGAAACAUGCGAGAAUCCAGCGGCAGAUCACCGAGCCUGCUUCCUCUUCACGGCACAAUUCGUUCAGGAGGCACUUGCCAAGACAGAUGCAAGUGUCCAGCGUUGACUUCAGCAUGGGCACGGAACCCUUACAGAGAGGAGAGACCACCACGAGCAUCGGCAGGAUCAAACCCGAAUUGUAUAAGCAGAAAUCCGUUGAUUCAGAGGACAACAAGAAAGAAGAUGUCAAGACGUGCGGGAAGCUCAAUUUUGAGCUGCAGUACGACUACGAGAAUGAGCUGCUCGUUGUGAAAAUCCUGAAGGCCCUGGAACUACCCGCUAAGGACUUGUGUGGGACAUCGGACCCCUAUGUAAAGAUCUAUCUCCUUCCAGAUAGGAAGAAGAAGUUUCAGACUCGAGUUCACAGGAAAACUUUAAAUCCCAUAUUUGAUGAGACCUUUCAGUUUCCGGUGGCUUAUGACCAACUGAGCAAUAGGAAACUGCAUUUCAGUGUGUACGAUUUUGACCGUUUCUCUAGACAUGAUAUGAUUGGGGAGGUUAUCCUUGAUAAUUUGUUUGAAGUCUCAGAUCUCUCCAGAGAAGCCACAGUCUGGAAAGACAUCUAUUGUGCCACGACAGAAAGCGUAGACCUUGGAGAGAUCAUGUAUUCCCUUUGCUAUUUACCUACUGCCGGCCGAAUGACUCUAACCGUCAUCAAGUGUCGAAACCUGAAGGCGAUGGAUAUCACGGGAUCGUCUGAUCCCUAUGUGAAAGUAUCACUGAUGUGUGAGGGCCGGAGGUUGAAAAAACGGAAGACCACCACGAAGAAGAAUACUUUAAAUCCAGUCUACAAUGAGGCCAUCAUCUUUGAUAUCCCACCAGAGAACAUGGACCAGGUCAGCCUCUCCAUAGCCGUGAUGGAUUACGAUAGGGUGGGACACAAUGAGGUCAUUGGAGUAUGUAGAACCGGAGUAGAUGCUGAGGGGCUCGGCAGAGAUCACUGGAACGAGAUGUUGGCUUAUCCGAGAAAACCAAUCACUCAUUGGCAUGCUCUAGUAGAGCUCCCAGGUCGGGCCACCAGUUUUGAUAGUCAAGGAUCCUGUUCAUCUCCAAAGCCUCCUCUGACACCUUAGAGUAAACCUCUUGGGAUCUUAUCAACUUGUCACCUGUCAACAUGGCAAAGCUUUGCCUCUCACACGUCUGUGCGUGCAGAGGAGUUAGUAUGUACAUCAACCAACCAGAAAUAAGUUAAUUGUGCAAUGUGACAACACUUAUCCCCUCCCAGCGGAGGUGCUAGCAGUCCUAGCGGCACAAGCGGAAGAUGGAAAUCGGGACUAGCACCGACACAAGAAUUGUGAGAGUCCAUUUGCUUUUUCUUGUGGUGGGUCGCCUUUCCCCCCCUUUCAAAAAAAAAGUGUGAUAUUCAACACAAAUGCACUCAGGAGUAAUAUUUCUAUGUAGUUGUAUAAAUACACAAGUAGGUUAGCAGUGCACCAAACCACCUGCGAAUGAAAUAGUGCAUAGUGAGUCUAGGGGCGACUCCUCCCAAAUCUCAUGAGGCUUAACUCAAACCAGCAGUAAGACAGUAUUGAAUGAGAUUUCAGCCUUUAAUUAAAAUUCUAUUGCAGAAUAAAUAUGCCUAAAGACAAAAAUAGAUGACAGAUCUUACAAAGCAAACGUUUAAUUAUUUAUAUUGCUAUUUACAUAUUUUUGUAAAUUUCCAUUCAAAAAAUAUAAGGGCUAGGCUCAGGGGAAAUGUUUAUCUAGAGUUUUAAUGUCCGCUUUCCCCAUACACUAGGCUAUUCUGGUCAUUAUAGAUUUCUCUGAAGAGAAACUGUGUAUUUGCAAGUGAAGAAAAUAAUGUCUUCAAAUUUUUUGCAACCCAAAGAUGAAUAUAAGGUUAAUUCAGUUUGUUUAUCAACAUUACGCCAAUGAUACAUUCAGGUGCUAAAGUUGCAGUGAACCACUGUACAGGGAUGAAUCUAUAAUGAGUGCGGGCUCCCCACACGACCCACUACUCUGCGCCCUGGUCAGAGUCCCACCGGAUGGCUACUGGAGCCAUAUUUCUGAAGUCCUCUACAGAGAGCAUUUUCUGUCUUCUGCGAAGGAGACCUAUUUCUGGGGGGGACAGGGGGUCCUAGCUAAUAACUGCACUCCUCAAUUUUUAAAACACCUUUGCCACAGGAACCAAUCAUAUGCAGGCUUUCAGUGACUAAUUUACACCUUAAAGAUGGAAGCUAAUUGCAUAUUAAUUGCUGUGGUUUAAUGGGCAUCUUUGGACCUAAAUGCAAUGUUAAAAUAUGAGCCCUUUGGCCAUUAGGCAUAAAGGGUAGAUUUACUAAAACUUAUUAAAAGGAAGAUUCGAUAUGUUGCCUUGAGUAACCAAUUAGAUUCUGCCUAUCCUUUUCAAAAAUGUACUAGAUAAAGGAUAGCAAAAAUGUGAUUGAUUAUUUUGGGCAAUGUCCCCACUUUUCCUGCAUUAGAAAUUUUAGAAAAUCUACCCCUAAGUUAUAGUUAACUUGGAAUGGGAAAAAAACAGCUAUGUAAAAGUUCUGAUACCACAACUUUUUUUUUUUUUUUUAAUUCAUUCAUUAAUUAUUUAUAUUUUAUCUAAUGCUGUAUAUUGCCCGUUUAGGUUAUUUGGUGUGUUCUUGAAUAGACUUUAAGACAGGAAGUCUCCUGUGCAUGAAAAAUAUGGUUCCCUAUGACAGUAUUAUUUAAAACAUAUCUUUAGGACUAAUUGAUUCUUUAUUUAUUUUUUUCCAUAAAAAAAUGUCAAUAUUUCCAGUAGCUCUUCCUUGUAAAACAGAUUGUAAAUCGUUUGGUCUUUGGUCUUUUAGCUGUGUUUACAACCAGUAUAUUUAAUUAAUUUAUUUUUUCAUUGUUUCAUUGUUUUUUGGUUUUUUUUUGUGUGGCCACAGUGACAGAAAAUUCCAAAUGCCCAUCUGGAUUAUUUUCGUGUUAUGUCAUUUUUAUUUAUCUGAGCUGAGUCUGCAAAUAAAAUAGAAUGUAGAUAAUAAAAGUAGAAUGGGAGAUGAUUACAAAUAUUUUUUCUUUUUAAUGGCUCAUUUUACAAAAUACAGAGUGUUCUGAUCUCUUUUUUUCAUUCUAAAUUUCAUUGUUAUUUGUGCAAAGCUGAGUGUUCGGGAUACAUUUUCAUACUGUAUCAUUGUGCGCGCCUCUGGCUCCUCCCCUCUGGUCCUGGCCACAAAAAAAGCAAAGCACCACGAACAAGAAAUCUAUUUUAGCCAUCUGUAGUGGGCAAACUCAUUCAUUUUAUUAAGUUAACCUUAUUUUAUUAUUUUUUAUUUUAUUUUAUUGUUUUCAUAUUUAAUGAACACAGUUAUGAAAGUUAAAAAUCGAUAUGAACAAUCUUAAAGUAAAAUAUGUUUUCCAGUGCUGAAGAUAUAAAUUAAAGAAAUUCGUUAAUUUCUUUUCUAUUUGAAUUUCCCCAAUUGAUAAUGACCAAUUUCGCUGUUCAUUGUCUAUUUUCCUAAUGUUGAAUAACAUCUUUUUAAAUUAUUGGCAUCUCCCUGCAUCACUAAAGGUUAUGGUAGGAAAGUGGGUGAGAUCAGAUAGCAUGGCCUUCUGUCCAGGGAGUCUAGGAAAACACCACUAAAUUUGCUAGUCUCACAGACAUUCCAGGAGUGUAGGUAUGUAGGUACAGUAUGAGCAACAUAAUGUUGACAAGAUCAAAAUAAUCUGUAGUCCUAGCUGCCAUCCUAGUUGUUCUUCAGCGAAUAAGGAAAGGAGAUGCGGAUGUAUGAGAGCACAGACUACUAUCAAAAACACUAGAUUUGCUGAAGUCUCCAGCUCAUAAGUAGAUAGGUUAGAAUUAAUUGUGUUAUGUGCUUAGUUUCCAAACAGAAGGGAGCAGACGAUUGUAUUAUUAUCAUUUGGGGAUAUUCACUGAAAAGACAGAUUGUGUAGCAUCCUCUAUUGAAUUAAUGAUAUACUAAAUUUUAGAGAGUAUUGAGAAUGAACAUAUCUUAGGAUACACUUGUGGUUUUUGUUGUGAAGUGAGAAACAGCGAAAUGCGUCGGUAAAUAUUCAGUUAAACCAUACAUGAUUCGUUGACUGUAUUUUCUCAUGUCAUACGGUUUUGCAGAUUGCAAUGAUUUUUUAUUUCUGUUUGGGUUGCACACGACUUGUGAAUGUCUGUGAUAGCAUGUACAACCGUGCAACUUCCUGUCAUGUGACUGCUGAGGAUGUGAUGUGAUAAACUGCUCCACUGGAGUGUCAAAGAUGCGUAUAUAGCAGGGCGAAUGGGACUGAAAUAGACUUGAGUUUCCCUGUUGCGAGUGGGGUGUAGGGGGCUUGUUUAGUGCCAGGAGGCGAGGUGAGUAUCUCAUCUCUACGUCCUCGAGGAUCAUGUUGCACCUUGCCUCGUGGGAGGAGUGUCCAUGAGUGUACAGUAGCUGUGCCAGAAGCACAGGUGGAUUAGUCAAUGUAGCAUGGUGGUACCUGUGUCAACCCUAGAACAGUCAGCCAGAUCAGUCUUUGUUUAAUAUAUUUCACAGAGGAACUCCAUGGGUGUGCAGUUGGCUGGGGUAUGAUAUGUUGACAUUCAGAAUGUCUAUACACAAACAUUGACAUGCAUAAUGCCGACAUAUGCAAAUAUCGACACAGCCAAAAUAUCGACAUGUUCAUUAUGUCAACAUUUUACAUGUUAACAUACUAUUUUUUGAUUAUUUAAGCCUAAACCUGACUUUACUGUACUGUUGACAUUAUGACCAUGUCGGCAUUCAGAACAUGGCGACGUUCUGUUGCCCAUGAGCAUACUACAACAAUAUUAAUAACAAUACAUCUUUAAAGGAUGUCUUGCACAAUUUUUCCAACGAAUUGGCAAAUCAGCGCUACCAAAGCCAAAUAGAACCGCUAUUUAAUAAGUUGGAUACAAAGUCACAUUUAUUGUAUUUUCAGAGUUAAAUGACACGAACUUCCACUGAGUGAAACGUACUCUUAUACACGCGCUGCACGGUGCCUUAAUCCUUAGCUUUGCUUGUGUGACAGUAGUGUCCUCCUUUUUCCCUUUGUAUUGAUUACUUUCCGAUGUACAAAGUCGUCUUCUUUAGAGGAACGAUGGCAGUGUUUCCAACCUGGUGCAUUAAAAUGAAAAUAAAAUUGUACUGCAUCUCUGAGGUGCUUCAAGUGCUAUAUUUAGCAGACACUGACCUCCUGAUUUACUUUCAAGGGAGUACAUUAGACCUAUCGCCUUUUAUAAUGUUGUUGAAAGAGCCAAUUAGCAUGGGGACUGCUGUCUGUUGCUAUGACACAGACCACUCAGUUCCUGCACAGCCUGCCGCGCUGGUGCAGCAUACAGAAGUAUACAGAGAGAGGAGCUGAUGCUGUGCAGCCCAUAGGAAAAGAAUAAAUAAAAGACCCCAGGGAGGUUAUUGCUUACUGUUCAAUAUAUGAUACAGGUCAGGUGUCGAUGAAACAUUCAGUAUUCAGUAUUGGAGCUAAUAUAUAUGUAUGUAUAUAUAUAUAUAUAUAUAAUUUUUUGUUUAUUAUUAUCUUUUUAUAUAUAUAUAUG